CGGACCCUCCGUUUAUUUUUUUGUAUUUUACUGAGAAUAAAACACCACAUGGACUUUGUAUUGGGAAUUCGUUGCGCCGCUUCAUAGUUUUUUUUGGUCUUUUUUCAGUUUAAUCAUGUUGAAAAAUAAUGGAAAGAAGACAGCUAUCUCUGUAGCCAGCACAGCAUUUCUCUGCCUGCUGCUUCUCCUGGUUGCUGUGCAGCAUCACCGGGUUCAGGUGGAGGAGAAAGAGGUGAAUGGAGAGGACACGGGGACGCGCUCUCUCCUCCAAGAUGCUGCGCAAGCGGAGCAGCAGGACGCGCAGGGUAAUAAUAAUAAGAAAGGAUUCUCGGCGUACUUCACCAAACUGACCCGGGGACGGAGAGAAGUGGAAAAGCCGGCACGAGCAUCCGCGUCUGCAGCUGAGCCUCCUCCAGCUGAGGACAUCAGCCCUGAUGACAUCUUCAUCGCUGUGAAGACCACCAAGAAGUUUCAUCAGUCCAGACUGAACCUGCUGCUGGAGACGUGGAUCUCAAGAAACAUGCAACAGACCUACAUCUUCACGGACGGAGAAGAUGAGGAGCUGAAAAAGCAAAUUGGGAGUCAUGCAAUCAACACUAACUGCUCUGCAGCUCAUAGCCGACAAGCUCUGUCCUGCAAGAUGGCGGUGGAAUAUGACAAGUUCAUAGAGUCCGGGAAAAAGUGGUUCUGUCAUGUCGAUGACGACAACUAUGUGAAUGUUCGGACUCUGGUGAAGCACCUGUCCCAGUACCCGCACACCCAGGACAUGUACAUCGGGAAACCCAGCCUCGACCGGCCCAUAGAGGCCACAGAGAGGCUGGGGAACAAUAAGAUGAAACCAGUCAACUUCUGGUUCGCUACUGGAGGAGCAGGCUUCUGUUUGAGUCGGGGUCUGGCGCUCAAGAUGAGCCCAUGGGCCAGUGGUGGUCACUUCAUGAACACAGCUGAGAAGAUCCGCCUUCCUGAUGACUGCACCAUCGGCUACAUCAUAGAGUCAGUUCUGGGGGUUCCUCUGACCCGCAGCAACCUGUUUCACUCCCACCUAGAGAACCUGCAACAAGUGUCAAGAUCUGAGAUUCACAAGCAGAUCACACUCAGCUAUGGAAUGUUUGAAAACAAGAGUAAUAUCAUCAAUCUGAAAGGGGCUUUUCCAGUGGAGGAGGAUCCAUCAAGGUUCAAGUCUGUGCACUGUCUCCUGUACCCAGACACCCCAUGGUGUCCCCCCCAGGUUGUCUUCUAGGGCGACCGCUCCUUUCUCAUCCUCGUCCCCGUCACGCCUCGGUAUCUGAAAGGCUUGUUGGGACCAGUGUUUGGUAUUAGACCGCACGGCUGCUGUAUUGUUGCUGCAGUUGUGUGCGGUCUUUAAUAGUUUUACUGGGCUGCUGUGCGGCCCGCCUCGGGACUAUUCCUUCCUGUCUGGAGUCAGGACCUCGCCCCAUGAUGUUCUGGUGGGAGGACCCCAGCUUACGGCAGGAAGUAGCUUUCAGCAUUAAGCUUUGCAGGCAAUCAGUUGAGCUUUGUGAUGUAUAUGUUGCUUGUAAAUGUAUCUGCAAUUCUCAUAGAAUGUAUUGUCAUAUAUUCAAGCAUUUUUGCCAGCUUUACAUUAACUCCGUGUUUGUUUUAGCUUUUAUAAAUGCAAAGCCAUACAGGUCUUUGUUUGUAGACUUUUAUCACAUAUAAUUGGCUUUUUCAGGCAUUUUUGUUUAGAUCUUCUAACUCUGAUGACUCCGGACAAAUGCUCCAAUAUGAAGAUAUCGUUGUGCUUUUAAGUUAACAGUGUUAUUUCUCCCGUAAACUGAGCUGGCAGGAAGCAGAUUUCCAAAUGCAUCCUUGGGUGACCUAAUCUGAGGUAUUUCAGGACAACGCACUUUUUCCUUUUUUGAUAUUUUUUGGUGGACUGACCUAAUUCAUGUCCUUUAAUGACAUGCCUCAGAUUGGUGUCCAAACUAACAAAACAAAACAAAAAAAGAAUAACCCCUCAAAUCUCUUUUCAUUCUUAUGUAUUUAAAAAAAAAAACACUCCUUGCAUUUGUUACAAUCAGGGAAAAAAUGAUGAGUGGAAGAGAUUCUGAUUUGGGGUUACAAUCACUUUUUGUAUUGCUUUUGAAAAGUUUUUUGUUUGUUUAAAAAAAUUGCACAGCUAAGUUUCAAAUGAGCUGAAGUUUGCUCCUGAAAAGACGCUCACCUCAAAAGGUCCAACAGUGAACAAAUGGGGACUUUUAUUUUGGAGAAAUCCAGAAUACUAAAAAAAAAAAAAAAGACCAGCAUCUAAAUAAUAACCACUUGCGUAAUCUGAGCCACAGUCUAUAAUAGAUUGCACAAAAGACUGAUGAGCCUCUCUGUUAUUAUUAACAUAUUUACACAUUAUAUUGGCUGGUUACUGUUGAGGCCUAUGAGGUAAGAGCUUUACAAGAACAACAUCAGUGUUUCCACAUGGAGGUGUUUGUUCCCUCUGUGUCGUCUCUCACCCAUAUUGGGUUACACUGUACAUUCUGAUGACAGUAUUGUGUACUGUGCCUUUGUUUGAAUUAGUAGUGAUUGUGUAAUGUUUAGAAUGUAAUUUCCCCUUCGUGGUUUACAUAUGCUUUUAAUGACCCGGACAUGAUUUUUGUACUGCUUUGAACUGUGCUAAAUGACUGUGGUGUUUAUUCUCCAGUAUCUGGAGGCUGCGAACAGUUCAUUCCCAAUACUGGCUUCUCAGGGAUUAUGAGCUGAUCCUGGUAUUAACUACCACGGGACCCACGGUGGGACCUAAACGUAUGAAUAAAAGUGCAUAACCACUGAGAAACUUAA